AAAAAGCAUUUGGUAGUAAUACUGAUCCACGUUGUGAGACAUGGACUAUGCUCAAUGACAACGAUUAUGAUCAAAUGGUUGUUUCUGGAGAGGCCGUUUCCGUAGUGUUCGAAGGUGUAGUGUUUCUUCUUCAAGCAUUCGAUGAUGAGCAAGAUUGUCUAAAAGCUUUUGAGAAAAAUCCAGACAAACGAAUCUUUUUUAUUACAUCGGGAACAAUGGGUCGAAGUGCUGUACCAAAAAUUAUUGAAGGAUAUCGAAAUAUCUUCACCGAUCCUAUUGCUGAUAAAUCGUAUUCAUCAGUUUAUGUGUUUUGUGGCGACAUUGAAAAGCAAAUGGAUUGGUGCAUGGAUUAUUUGGAUUAUGUUCAAAUGUUUGAUCAUGAAGCAGAUUUAUUACAACGAAUGACACAUGAUAUAGCUGAUUAUUUCUUUGAACGAGGUAGACGAAUUCCUAAAGACACUGAAUCACAAGAAGCUCUUAAACAUUUGUACUGGGCAAAACGACUUUAUCAUCAAUAUGAGAAGCUAGAUAUGAAAAAAGGUACAGAUGAUCACAUACCAACGAAAGAAAGCAAAGAAUCACGGGAUGUUAAUGCAUUUAUUGAAUCAAUUGAAUCUGAAUUACCCAAAGACUCUUCUGAUGAACGUGGUAAAGACAGUGACAAUGAUGAACCAUGUGGUGAAGCAUGUAGCUAA